AUCCGUAGCCCCACAGCAGAGGUUUGUUCUUCAAAGAAAAGAAUGUUGCUGGAUCGAGAGACUCCUUCCAGAGUUGUAAUAAAUUCCAGCAGUCUGGCUUUCCUUGUAAGCGUGACUGUUGUGAGGUGGCUUUGGUUAAUGCUGGUGAACCUUCCAGUGAUGGUUUAUCUUAGGGUGGCUUUACGGUGAUGAUCCCCAUGGAUACCCAUUCUCAACCUUCUUCUGCAGAAGAACUUCCCAGUGAGGUUGAGGUUUGGUCCAUUAGCAAUGAGAACAGGACAGGAACACUUGCGUCUCGUGUGUACUCUUGUUAAGAGCUGUGACAAUCAGUAUGAAGAAAGCCUUCGGGUGGUGUUGGGAGAUGCUGAAAGAUAAAACAGCUGAACAGCAACGCGGGGCUGCCACUUCAGUUAGAGCUCUCUGCCUUGCUUUGAGGCCUGAUGUCACUCUGAUACACCUCGUAGUAAUCCUGUAAAUGACACCUUUCUGGGCCUCCUGGUGAAGAGGUGUGGGAAUGGUUAAUGGUGGUUUGGAAGAACAUCAUUCUAAGAUACUGAGAAAUCUGGACUUUUUAACAGUGUACUACCUAAAGGAGGAAUAUAUAUAUAUAUAUUUAUAUAUAUAUAUAAGGAAUUGAAAUUUGUAGCUUCCUUGCAUUUUAAUUUUAUGGUAUUUGUACCUCUUACUUUUUCUAUAACUUUAGAUCAAGAAACACCAUGAGUACAACUCAAAGAAAGCGCCGUGGAGGAUCGGUUAAUUCUAGGCAAGCUCAGAAACGAAGCAGGCUGAUAGCUUCUACCACAGAAAUGGCUUCAGAAGCAGAACCAAUAGAACUUGAAGAAAGUGCUGGUGAAGAAGUAGUAGAUCUCACAUGUGAAUCUUCCGAUCCUGUAGUAGUUGAUCUAACUCACAGUGAUUCUGUUGUGAUUGUUGAAGAGAAUCAACGGCGAAGGAGAAAUCUCAGACUAAGAAGCCAGCGGCAGUCAGACAGCUGUGUACUGAGCAGUGAUGAUGAAGAUGAAACAAGAGAUAAUGAUGUGUAUGUAACAGAUAAAGUGUCUCGAGAAUUGGGACCACUAGAGGAUGAAACUGCAAGUUCAAAGCCUUCUGGUACUGUUAGUUGUCCGAUUUGCAUGGACGGCUACUCAGAGAUUGUGCAAAGCGGGCGACUUAUUGUGUCAACCAAAUGUGGCCAUGUCUUCUGUAGUCAGUGCCUCCGUGAUUCCCUUAGGAACGCCAAUUCCUGCCCAACCUGUAGGAAAAAACUCACUCACAGACAAUACCAUCCAAUUUAUAUAUGAGUACUUAUAUUUCUCAGGACAGAUUCAACUGGAUUUUUGGGGAAAAUGUCUUGGUUUCAGUGCUCUGAAGAUUUAAGGAGCAGCAGGUUGUGAACACAUCCAAAUAAAACUGAUUUUUUUUGAGAAUAACUUGUACAUAUAUAAACAGCUUUUUUAUGGUCCAAGCUGCUGCUUGUUAUGUCACUGGUUAUAAUGUUGAAUUUAUGACUGUCUAUAAACUAGACCAGCAGCCUAUAUCAGAAAUGAAGCAGCUAAUCCAUUUCCUUCUACUUUUUUAAUGCGUAAAUAAGAGGGGUCUGAAUAUUUUGUUAUUUGUUACUCUUGAAAUUAUUCCCACCACUGCGUAAAGAUAUGAAAUAGUUACCUUUCAAAAUACAGAUGAACAAUUUGCCAUUUCAUUACUCUUUUGUUUUUAUCCUAUAAUAUGCUCAUUACUGUAUUGCUUUCUGCUGAAUCAUCUUUGUCCAAGUAGAACAAGUUCUGUAACAACUGAUCAUUUCAUCAUAAAUCAAUAGGAAAUUGACACCCAGGGUAAUGCAAUAAAAUAGCCUGCUGUUAACCAGCAGUCAGAUUUUUUUUAAAGCAGAAGGCUUGAACGUGUAGAUGUCUUCAUGAACUCCAUGAGAUCUGAAGUACAUAGCCAAAUUGCAACAUACACAACAUGAAAAUAGUUAUUUGCAUGUUUUAACUGCCAAGAAUUCCUGAAUCUGGAUCACAACAAUGAAUUUAUUUUCUAACAUGAUGAGAUGGUCACUUGGGUUUACUACUGUUCUAUAGAGCUCUGUAUCCUUGUAACUGAGGCGAAUAUAGUCUUCUCUAGGCUUGCUAGUGAUGAAUAAGAAGCAAAUUGUAUGCUUUGCUCUUGUCAGCUGAAUACCAAACUACCCAGACAGAUCUUCUUACUGUAUCAAGUGUACCCAAUGCAAUGCUUCAAGUGCAGUACGUUCACUUCACUGUUCUCUCCAGUCGCUGUACUGACACACUGGUUUUAGCCUGAUGUAUAGGAUCAACAUUGAAAUAAUUGCAAUACCAUGAAUUUAGAGGAAAUAGAGACUUUAAAAGACAUUUGGCAGCAAUCUUGACUUGCAAUUUUUUUGGAAGAGAAGCUUAAACUGUCUUUGCCCUGAGGGUCGUGCAUCUUUCUUUUAAAAGGAAGAGAAGUCAGGUACAUGUCCUAGGAGAGAGCUCUUCUAUUUAAAGAAGGCAGGAAUACACAUGCUCAUGUACUGUUACCCAGUUCUUUCUUUUCUUCUAGGACUAAGAUAUAAAUGUCUGCUUAAACCUGAUGCAGCUAAAAUCUGCCAGCUGAUGUGGAAUCCAAAAUGGGCUGAUCCAAAUAGGAUUUUAAUAACUAAAUAUAGAUGAGGUGAUUUAAAAUUGGUGUUUUAUUGUCCAUAUAUGCAGUAGCUCCAUCUAUAAAGGUUGAAAUUCAGUCUGUUUAAAAAAAAAAUUAAAUCAAAAAUGAAACUGUCAGGCAUCCUUUGGAAGCUUGUUGGUUAUGAAAGCCAUUAGAAGUAGCAUUCUGUGCUCUGGUACAACACAAUUGUAGGAAGCG